AUGUCCUGCAAGUUUGGUCCAGAUCGGACGGUCGGAUUGCUCACGAUCGCACAAUCGGACGGAUACUUAAACCCUAACCCCAGGGUUGGCAUUUCCGGAGUAUCCGGGACUCCGACCAUCCAACGGUCCAAACCCAGCGAACCCGGAAAAAUACGCGAUAUGCGAUAUCCGUUCGGGACUCUAACGAUAUCCAAAUUGAGAUCCGAGCACACCUGCGCGCUCGUGACAUCGAGAGGAUCACAAUGGGACAAAAAUGCCCCUCAGCUACAGUGCCCACGCGCCGCCACACGCGCCGGCAGCGCGUGGGUGUCCAAAGCGAUACCCAUCGCCGGAAAACUUCCAAAUCGUGAGCCCAGACUCCUACCCUAG